CGAUAAGGGUGGCAAAUUUGUAGAUAUACACCACCGCUUCCCGUCAUCUUGGCAGAGUUGAUUCAAGGUGUUCAAGGACGAUGCUGGUGGUGCAUUAGGACAUUGAUGGAUUUGCAACAGGAACAGGAUAAUAUAAAUUUACCUGAUUCCCUUCGAGCGCAGCCUCUAGAUAUUAAUUAUAUAACUGGAUCUGAGGUUGCGUUUGAUUUCCAAAGUUUUGCGGAUAUGUUAAGAUACAAUACAGAAGCACAGAUUCGUUGUACCAUCAACGGCAGAGAACAAAAAGUCAUCGCCUAUCUCCAUAUAAUACCGAGACCUGAAAACCAUAUCUCCAACUAUACAACUACCUUCAAUUAUACGGCGGAUAACACAAAUUCCCAUCAGACGUGGGAGUACAUUACCAGCCGCCUAGAGGAUUGCAAGAAUCAUAAGACAUGCCGUCGUCGGCUUGACAGCAGCCCACCGUCAAGGUUAAUCGAAAUAAGAAAAAAUAAGGAAAAUGAAGAAAUACGGGACAACAAUUUGCGUUUCCGUCUCAUCACCUCUUUUGAAAAUGACGCCCAAAUCGAAUACGUUACACUAAGCCACAGAUGGUUUAGAGAAACGAAGAAGCAUAGGAAACACAAGGAAACUAAGAAACCUAGGAAACUCAAGAAACUCAGGGCGGCAAGGAAAGCUAGGCAGGCCCAGAAGAGUAAUGGGAAUUUGAAACCCACAACGAAGAAUGAACGAGAGUUCAAAGCCAAGAUUCCUCAGACGUAUAUGCCACAGAAAUUCAAGGAUGCUGCCAUGGCCACGCUGAAAUUAGGGAAGCAGUAUUUAUGGAUAGAUUCAUUGUGUAUUCUUCAAGAUUCCACUGAAGACUGGGAUCGGGAAAGUGGCGUGAUGGAUUCGAUCUACUGGAAUGGAUAUUGCAACCUUGCUGCAACAUCCGCGACUAAAAGAUCAGAAGGUCUUUUCUCCAAACGAUGUUUGUCGCAGCUAUCUCCACUCUGGACUCAGUUAGAAGGUAUGGGACCUGCAAUAGUGUUCAGCAAAUCCGCCCAAAAUAACUUUUAUGAACUUGACUACGAAAUGCUUAAUAGGAGGGGUUGGGUGUGUCAAGAGCGCCUGUUAUCGACUCGAAAUAUUAGUUUUGGCAAAGAACUGGUGUUCUUUGAAUGUGCCGAGGAAUUCAGCAACGAGCUAGUUAAUAGUGACGACUAUUACUUUACUAUUUGGGGUCAUGGGUUUCGUCGCCGUGAUACCGAUUUGCCUCUGUGGUCUUUGGCUUCCCUGCGAAAGAUUCAGCCAACAUCACUUGACGAUGUUCAUAACUUUUGGGUCACUAUAUUGAGCUUCUAUACUAGAACUCAUACAACAAAGUCGAGCGACAGACUGGUCGCGCUUUCGGGAAUCGCAGCAUUCUGUCACUCAGUAUUUGGCACAGAAUACUUGGCUGGCUUGUGGAAAUCAACCAUUACUCGAGGACUACUUUGGUAUUGCUUUGGCGCUGGGUUUAAAUGCUCGCUAGAUUGUCGUGCACCUUCUUGGUCGUGGGCCUCGGUGGGCACCUGUGUUGAAUACAAGCAGUAUGCGAACCACACCGGACUUAUAAGUGGUGUGGAAUCGUAUGAAGAGCUAGUGGCGGAGAGCAAUCCAUUUGGAGCUGUGCAGAACGCACGGAUCGAACUUACGGGAUCGCUCUUUCCUGUAUUUCACGUAGAAUGCUCUUCAUGCAAGCCCUUGCGGGCAGAAGAACGUUUGCGGCUUCUCAAUCAAGCUAGUGGGAGUUCGGCAAGCGAGUGGGAAGGGCCCUAAAAUAUACGGUAGGUGAUUAUGAAUAUGAUGUUUACAUGGAUUAUAAUGGCCUUAAUCGUAGCAAUACGGGUGACUCAAAUCUUUUGAGGCAGGCGGAAUGCUUCCUUCUUCCGAUAGCGCGUGCGGUCCCGGGUUGGAUGAAGGAGGAGUUAGUUCAAUUGCUCAUACUAGCGGCCGUGACCCCCGGUAGCAACAUCUAUCGGCGGAUUGGGUACAUGAAAAUGGCGAAGCCCUGGCAUACGAUUACACCCAAGUUUGAUUUCGUUCGAGUGAGCAUUGAUCCUGAGAAAAAUUGGGCAUAAUAUAUGCUGUCCUAUAUGGAAAAGGCAUAGGAGGACUGUAAGGUCCCUUCAUAUGAUGGCUAUAGGCUAGAAAAGCAUAACAUUAUUUUGGUAUAGAAUAUUAUUGGUUGAUUUUGCAUGGGAGAGAGUUACUUCGACGUUAGUUGUAUAUUUUACCUAGGUAUAAAUGUUAUCCCACACGAAAACGCUCAUUGGAAAAUUUCCUUUUUGGGAACCAAGCACCGGCGCUGCACACUCUGGCACUGGUGCUAAGCACCUCUGCACAGGCUGCACUUCGUGCCUGGCCAUUAUUGCCUGCGCUGCAUGCGCCACACCCACUUUAAGCAAGGGACUUGAAAACGGACCAAGGGGAAGUUUGUCUUUUUUUGGCCUCUCGGGGGGGG